AGUCUAGGAUCAUAAUUUUUAAGAUGGCGGCUCCCUUAUUUGGUUUACGCGAAACAACAUAAUCAGAUUAGUCGCUGCGUUUGAUGCAGCGAUAUCGUGCGUGUUAUCCACGCUCAGGAAUAUCAUCUGUUAAUUGUGACAUAUGGAUAGAGCAAUGUCGGAGCAAGUAGCUUCGCAAACUCAAACGGAAACUAUCUCUGAAGCGGAUGUCACCGAUUCCGGGUCGCAGGAUGUACCUACUGUACGAUUACGUCUACGAAAACCAAAAUCAAAUAAGAAAGUUCAAUGGAGUCAAGGAACUGUUGACAAUGAACAUUUGAAUAAGAAAAAAUCAAAAUGUUGUUGUAUUUAUGAAAAACCAAAAACUUUUGGUGAAAGCAGCUCUGAAGAUAGCGAUGAUGAAUGUGAACAUUGUCAUGGACAUAAAGAUGCUCAUAAAAAAGUCUUACCUAAAGCUGGAGAUAAUACUCAGGCAGGAAUGCCAUCACAUCCUGAACCGAUUGCUACAGGUUCAACAUAAAUAUAUGCUUAUUGGCUUUAUGUCCUAUAUGAGAAACAAAUUUCUUUAUACUAUUUCUUGCAUCUCAGUAUCAUGCAGAAAAGAUAUGAUGAAUUAUAAGUAGAUGUGCAAACUCUUUAUGAUUCUGCACUAGUACAUGCAGCACUUGUAUUACAAUGCUUCAGCAAUGUCGUACGGAAAAUUACAAAAUGUCGUUUGUUAAUUAUAUAGAUUAUAUUAAUU